UAUCACCUCCCAUGUGCCUGGAUCUGCAAGUUCAGACGCAUGGACUUGGCAAGCGAAAAUAUCCAGCCCUUUCUCGACUGGACUGUAGAAAUGGCGGCCACGCAGGGUAGCUCGCAGGUAUGCGACUUCAAACUCGCUUCGGACGUCAACAAGGAGGGCACCGCGUUGGGUCAUGCUCAUUCACACGAUGCUCAAUCCGGUCACUCCCAUACGCAUGCGCAGUCGGGUGCAGCGAAUGAGCAUGGGCACACGCACGAUGUCAUGGACCACCCAGGGAAGUUUCACCAGCGUGACAUGCCCGAUCACUCGAACAGAGACUGGAAUGAGCGGGCUUUCACCAUCGGCAUUGGCGGGCCCGUCGGCAGCGGAAAGACGGCGCUCCUGCUAGCACUCUGUCGAAAGCUGCGGGAAAAGUACAACAUUGGAGUUGUCACGAAUGACAUCUUCACUCGUGAAGAUCAAGAAUUCUUGAUCCGCAAUUCUGCGCUCCAACCCACUUCGAGAAUCCGGGCUAUCGAGAGUGGGGGAUGUCCACAUGCAGCUAUUCGGGUGCGUGCCAAGCUCAAACUGGCGACUGGCGGCGUCGGAAAGCCUGACGCAAUUUCUCUUCUGAGUGUACAGGAAGACAUCAGUGCGAAUCUCGAGGCGCUUGAGCAACUCCAAGCCGAAUUUGAGACACAACUGCUGUUCGUCGAGUCGGGUGGAGACAACCUGGCUGCUGCGUUCAGCGUGGAGCUGGCAGAUUUCCACGUGUACGUCAUCGACGUUGCCGGUGGCGACAAGGUGCCGCGCAAAGGCGGACCUGGGAUAUCGCAAUCGGACCUGCUGGUCAUCAACAAGAUCGAUAUUGCCCAGUACGUUGGCGCCUCCCUCGACGUCAUGCGGCGCGAUGCAGAUAAGAUGCGCGACAAUGGCCCAACGGUCUUUACGUCCGUCAAGCACGACGAAGGUGUCGAUGCUGUCGCAGAUAUGAUCUUGGCGGCUAGAAGCGCCGCAGGCGCAGACAAGGGCGGCAAGGCGCUGGGAGCAUAAUCCCGAAAGAGAAUAAUCGUGCGGCCGUCCCGAUGCAAGGCAUGUAGACAUGACCACUGUCCAUUUC